AGGCAAAAAUGGAUCGUGGACAGUUCAUAGAUAUAGGCGCAUUUGAUGUAGAUGCUGUUGAUAUGGAUUGUGCUCCUCAGUCAGCUGAGCAGUACUUGCAGCAGGUUAUAGCUGAUCGUGUACGAGGUCCAUCAUGUGUGUCCAUAAUCCAGCCCAGUGUGUCUGACUUGGAGACAGAAAAGGAGGCCCCUCCCAGUACAUCUAAGGCUGAGCAUGAUCCGCGUGCUCCAUCUAGAGAAUGGCGUACUGCUAAGGUGGCAGAGUUCUCCUUGUUGCGCUCUAGAAUGGAGAAGGCGCCGAAAAAGAAGGCAUUGAGACUGCAGUGGCCUAAUUUGACAAAUUCAGAGCAAUGGGAGGAGUUGCUGUUGCGACGAUGCCAUCCGAAAUGUGUACAGUUCUUGCCAUCAUUCCCAAAUCAUCAAGGGACCCCACCAGCUGUGCCUGUUGUCUUGAGUCUGACCUCAGCCAUGGUUGAGAACGUGAUACAGUAUGCUGUAGAAUGGGCUGAGUGUGAUGGACUCUCUAGGCCACUGAGAGAAUGGAUCUUUGUCCUGCUUUUGCUGAUUCAUAAGCCGGUGAUGCCUGAUGUAUGUGCUGCUAUGCGAGCACUGGCAAAUCUAUGUAGAAGGAGCAGAAGUGCUCUGGACUUGGAAAGGAAGGAUGAAAUUCGUGAAUUGUCUUGGUUCAUAGCCAUUGUUGCUGAGUACUUCGGACAAACUGAUCUUGCUGAUUUGUGAAAUUUAAUCGUAAUAUGUACCGAUUAUCUUUGCGAGAACUGGUCCCUAGCAUCGUACGUUUCGAUCCAAAUUCAGUGUCUGUAAUUGCUCGCUAUUGUAUUCUUUCUUUACUCCUCGCAAAUCAUUGAUUUGUGGGCUUUCUCUACAUUUUUGACUUGGUUUCUAAAAGGGAAGUCCGUCUGAGC